CACUGUCUCGGUCCUUCCGCUGCCGGUAGAGUGAACGUGAAGACGGGCAGAAGAAAAGCAGAAGUAUCCGCUCCGGGUUCUUAUGACACAGAGAUAGAACCGACACCGACGAACCACCGAACCCGACGACUGUGACCCGAAUCUGCUCCUGAAGGCGACUGACGAUGGCUGUGAACGUCUACUCCACCUCAGUGACCAGCGACAACUUAAGUCGUCAUGACAUGUUGGUGUGGAUCAACGAGUCCCUACAGAUGAACCUGACCAAGAUAGAGAUGUUGUGUUCAGGUGCCGUCUACUGCCAGUUCAUGGACAUGCUGUUUCCCAACUCAGUGCCUCUGAGGAAAGUCAAAUUCGGUGCCAAACUGGAACACGAGUACAUCCACAACUUUAAGCUCCUGCAGGUCGCCUUCAAAAAGAUGGGCGUCGACAAGAUCAUUCCGGUCGACAAACUGGUGAAGGGGAAGUUCCAGGACAACUUCGAGUUCGUCCAGUGGUUCAAGAAGUUCUUCGACGCAAACUACGACGGGAAGGAGUACGACCCGGUGGAGGCGAGGCAGGGCCAGGACGCCAUGCCCACGCCCAACCCCAGCACGUCAGCCCUCAACAAACCCCCCAAGAAGGUCCUCAGCCAAGCCCCCCAGAGGCCGCCCGUUGCCAAGGUAGCGCCCAAGAUGGCGUCCCCAGGAGUGAGGAAGGCAGGAGGAGGAGACGAGGAGAGGGCGGAGCUUCUUAACGAGUUGGAGAUGCUGAAGUCCACCAUCCAGGACAUGGAGAAGGAGAGAGACUUUUACUUUGGCAAACUCCGGAACAUCGAGCUGAUCUGUCAGGAGAAGGAAGGAGAAGGAGACCCCACGCUGCAGAGGAUCAUCGACAUCCUCUACGCCACAGACGAGGGCUUCGUCAUACCGGACGCUGAGGACCAGGAGGAGUUCUAAACCCAGACCGCCACAGCUGUUCUCCCAGAUGCCCCGCCCCCUCCACCCACCCGCCGCCGUCACCUUGAGGUCAUCUUCAGGCUGCGGCGUUUGGUUUUCUAUUGGCUCCACCAAACCUGACCCCGAACCCCCCCCAGACCCGCCGGACUUUCUCCUCCUCCUCCUCCUCACAGUCUGAAAGCCUCAGCACUGCCUCUGACCCCUCCUACCCCGCCCUAAAGCCCCGCCCACCCCUCUCCCUCGCCCAGGUCUGGCCCCACGUGACCCAGACCUGGCGUUCGUAAACGGACUUUAGUGUGAAAAAACGCGGUGAUGUUCAGUGUGUGUAUUUGUACGUGUUGGACCUGCGGACGCCGUCGCCCCAGACUAAACCCCUCCUCUUUUCCACGCCACCGCCACGUUGUGCCUCUCCUUCUCAAACAGACAUUCCCGACUCCACCCGAGGUGCGUUUUAGCCACGUUUACCCUCCACAUGACCCAGCGUCCGGCGCACAUCCACGUGAAGUGAGUUCGAUCCGACUUGAAGGGCUCCGGGUUUAGUCUGGGCCGAGGCGCCGACCGGCUUCACCCGAUUCCUCCUCCUCCUCUGACAAAUCGUCGGCACCAGGACACGUCUUUCUUUCAUCGUGUUCGGCUUCACCAGAGCUUUGUGUAAUCUGCUGUUUUACUGUUUUCACUCGGUCCUGUCUAUUUCCUGGACACCUGGUUCUCAUCUGACUUUCAUUUGGUUUGUGUCACUGAAUCUUCAGACUCUAACGCAGCCUGUGUCACGUCCUGAUUAGUAAAUUAAUCUGAGUAAUUUUUUUAUUAAACGGUCAAAACUCUGUGAUUUCAGCCUCGUACAUGUGACUAUUAAGGUGAACUUUGGAUUUCAGACCAAACGUGACAUUUUUUUUUACUAUUUUCUGACGUCGCAAUCAAAUAAUCACCUCGUCCGUGUGAUUUAUAUCCUGUAUUAACAUUUUUAACGCUUUAAAAUCACAUUAAUCAACAACAACAUAUUACUUUCUCGAUUUGUUUUGAUUAGAAAAUGUCAGAAAUUGCUGUAAAAGUGACGAGUUAAAUUUUUUUUUUUUUUUUUUUUUUUUUAACCUAAAUACGCUCAGUUUCUGUCACAGAAAAGGAAAGAAACCAGAAAAUAUUCACCUACAAGAAGCUGAAAUAAGAGAAUUUUUGACGAAUCGAACGCAGGCACGUUUCUUUACAGAGUCUAUUUGCAUGUGUCUAAUUCCUGGGAGUCACAGUCGCCUCUCACAGAGUUAACGCCUUGUGGAUCAUCUGUUUUAAGGCGUCAGUUUUUUAUUAAAGUGACCCUUAAUCAGAACGUUUAAACCAACCAAUCACUGUGAUCCAUGUGCUGAAGGUGCAUUCAGGUGUCCCCUUUCUGUUUCCAGUUUUAACCGUCACUGUGUAUUUCCUGGCUCUAAUUUAAGACCAUAUUUGUUCCUAUUUUGAACGACACACUGUUAUUGGCGAACAGAACUCUAUCUAUGGCCUUAUUCAGAAAAUUCAUUUAUUUUUUUCAUAUACAAGAUUAUUCUUUCCUUUUUUUUUUUUUUUUAUUUGACUUUAAUGUACGUCUCUGCUGUUUUGGGCAAAUGUUUGUAUUGUUACGUAAAUAUUUUUAAUGUGUUCUGAAAAUAAACGACAUUGGAGGUAUUUUUUGGACGAGCGCUCGGAUGUGUGGGGGCGGAGCCUGUCUUCCACCGGACGUUUCACAUCAGCUGAAACGAGAGGGUUUUCAGUGAAUUCACUGCUUUAAGUAACUUCCGGAUGAGACGUAGAGAAGACGAGCGAUAGAAUCAAAGAAUGAAUGUCGUAGAAAAACCGUGUGCCUGGUUUCAGUCGCUGUUUCCUGGUCGUUGCCUUUAGUCCCGACAACAACAAAAAAAAAACGUAUCUGAACUUUCAUUUCUGAUUCUAUUUUUUAACAGAAUGUAUGUUUUUUUGUUUCGUUUUUUUUUUAAGUCAUGUGCAUUUACUUAAACUAUAUGAACAAAAGUAUGUGGACACGUUGAAUUCAGGUGUUUAUUUUCUAUUAAAACAAUAACGACUAAUGUUAUAAUAUAGUUUUAUAUUACGGGAUAAAUAUCAUUGCAGUGGUUGGUUUGGGUUAAAUUGAUAUGUUUACUUCUAAAAUGACUGGGUUUUUUUAUUUAAUUUGGAAGAAAAUAUUGAUGUUGACACAUAAACAUCAAUAUUUCCUUAAAGUUUAAUGGUAGAUUUUUCUUCCUCAGUGAGAUGUGAAGAAAAUAGAUGGUUAGUUGUGGCAGAAAAUCAUUAUUUACAGUCAGAACAGGAAAAAUAUUUUAGAAAUUUAGAGGAAGAACAUUUAAAAUCACAGUCAUGGAUAAAAAAAAGCCAGUACAUAAAUAUAUUAGCAGUCACAAAAUGCAAAAAAAUGAGCGAACAUGAACAAAAUAGUGAAAAGAUGAACAAA